AUGUACUACCAUAUGUUUCUUACGCACGAUCUUUUGUUGCACCCGCGUUGCUUUGGGUCCAAUGUGAAGGAAAUCGUCAAGAAGAAGCUGUACGCCGACGUAGAAGGCAAGUGCAUCAACGGAGUCGGCAUCGUGAUAUGCGUGACAGAGAUCGCGAGUAUUGGCGAUGGCGUAAUCCAGACUGGACACCCACACGCCCGAUUCCAUAUUAAAUACAAGGCAGUUGUAUUUCGACCUUAUGAGAACGAGGUGAUCGACGCGAGGGUUACGGGUGUAGUGCGCUCCGGCAUAAUGUGUAAUAUCGGGCCGAUAUCCUUAUUUAUCAGUAGAACUAACUUGCCCCCCGACUACAUUUUCGACCCCGAAGCCCUGCCGCCGUCUUUCUGUGACAUAAAAACUGAGCAAGUCAUUCAACCGGGCGUCAUACUCCGUGCGAGAAUUGUCGGCACGCGAGUGGAUAUGAACGACGUCUUCGCGGUGGGAAGCCUGCUGGAUGAGUAUCUCGGAGUUAAACCUCCGAGGUGUCCGCAACCUGACGCUGAAUCGGAGGAUGCUGAUUCUGCGAAAGCUAAAUAG